GCUUUAUUUUUGUUUACCAAACAUGGCUAAAGACCAGGCAACUCCAGUAUUCCCUGUGGAUACUGAGGAGUGUAUUAUCAAGGGCACCUGUCCACUUAGGGCUGUAUGGAAGAUCAUUACCAACAAUGCCGGUCCGGAAUAUUUUGAUGCAAAGUCGUUUUUCGGCGGUCUUUGUUUGGGUGCUGGUUUGAGUGUUCUGUUGACCAAGACGGUGCGCGGCAUUUGCCUGGUUCUCAGUGGCGGCAUCGUCACUACUAUGGUGCUCAACCACUAUGGCUUCAUUUCAUUGAAUAAGGAGGCUAUUUUCAACGCUAUGAACACGGGUUACCAGACUCUCCGCGACAAGAUUGGUCAAACUGUGGAAUCCUGUGGUAGCCCAAGUCAGUGCUUCCACGACAACAUUUUGAAUUCUGGCAUACCGCGUGAGAACAUCAUAUCGGCUUUGGUGGGCACUGGUGUUGGAUUUACUGCUGGACUCAUUAUAUUUUAAUGUUAUACAUUGUUUUU